CUCCAACAUCCAGUCCUUCCCAAUUGCGUCUCCUGAGCAAGAUCUUCUGCAGCUUCUGAAGCAAGCGUCUUGACUUUUUGCCAACAGUGGACGAAAAUAGAGCAGGCAGCGGUCACAUGUUUUCGUGUUUGCCUGUUUGAGACUAGAAUCUCGUGACUGCCUGUUACGCGACUCUCAACUUCAUCUUCGUCUUGAUCUUCAUCGUCAGCUUCGGCUGGCCUCUUUCUCUUCUCCUCCCUGAACGUUGAUCCUCAAAUCAAUCCGUAUUCUGCAAAAAACCAGAUAGUGCUUCAUUUCAGACUUGCCACAUUCUAGCUAGGCAAUUCGAAUUCACUCAAACGCUCGUACCAUCUUCAUCCUACUACAGGCCGUGGCCCCCUCACUUUACAGCAUGGACGUAGACGCAAUUCCAGUCCGCUCAGCAAAUGGCGACACAGUUGCUUCACUAGGAGGUACAAUUUCUCCUCAAUCGUCUCCCCUGGCCUCAGUUCCCCUGGAAGUUCUCCUCAAUAUCAACAAACACCUCACUACUCCUGAGUACGGCAAGCUCCGCCUCACGUGCAAGCACAUUGAGGACCAGCUUCAUAUUGCUUUCGCCAAAGAGUUCUUCUCCAAACGACAAUUCAUGUUCACGGAAUUCAGUCUACAAGCUUUGGUCGACAUCUCGAAAUCUAGAUUCGCAUCGUCCCUGAAACACGUCAUCUUCGGCUUGGAGCAACCAGGAACCCAAGGAUCCAAUCCAUUGCCUCCAAACCCUCAACAAUGGAGCAUUUCGGCUCUGGCCCUGAGGAAUCGACUUACCACGGACUGGUUCCAGCAUGCGUCCUUCCUUGACACCGGACGUCAUGUGGAAUUGCUUGCUGAAGCUUUCUCGGCUCUUCCCCAUCUCGACAUAGUUGGAAUGCGUGAUUUCAACUCACAAUCUCGUUUUCGUGAUGCCCCAAAUGUUUCGUGGAAUAGUUAUGGCACGCGGACAUAUCAACUCGAAACCGGAAUGCGGAUGCCGGGCUUUAUAUCUAAUACUAAUAGAUACAACUUAGGGAUGGUGGACAACUCGGCAUCACAUUUCAAUUUCGCCUAUCGAGUCUUCAGAGAUAUUCUAAUUGGUGCUGGAAAAGCAUCGACUAGCUUGAAACACUACGAAGUUAUUCUGAGGACUGGUUCAUUGGGUGAUCGAGCUUUUAUCAUCCCCAAGUAUCUAGAGCCGACCAUGGUGCCGGUUCUAGCCAACCUCCGCACAAUAUUCCUGGAUUUAAAUUCCGAACCACCCAACAUGCAUGUGGAGAAAGACAAAACCAUUAUUACUUGUCCCAGCUACUUUCUGAUGAAGUUUCUCUCACACACCGUCAAUCUAGAGCAUCUUCGACUGAACUUUCGAUUCUAUCGUGACACAACCUCCAUUGUAUCCUGGCUCUCAUGUUCUCCAACAGACACUUUCAACUCCGCUACUGCGGGUUCACCAUUUGCGGAGCCUCCCCCAGUAGAGUUGAAGCAUCUAAGAGAAAUCAAUAUCGGCAUGAUAACCGUCGAGCCAAAAGUCAUCCUUGCCAUCAUUCACAAACAUCAAACGACUCUGAGAGCCAUCAGCCUCCACAAAGUCACUUUUGUGCACAAAGCAGAUGUACCGGCAGAGCAGAGAAUCAAUCUCUGGGCCAAAUUCUUCCAAGAUCUAACGAAGCUUGAUCUCAAACUCGACGGCAUCAAUAUGUCGUUCCUGUCACAAGCACAACCAAGUCGCGAACAUGUCCGGCAAGUCACUUUCGAAAAGGGCGCAGAAAAGCCUACGAAAAACUGGGCCGGAAACGAUACACAGAGUGGCUUGAGAGAUUUCCAGGCCCUUGUAUUUGUUAAGGGUCUUGAUAAGGAUUCAGAAGUUGAGUCAAAUGAUGGUAGCGAGGACCAUUCAGAUUCACUGGAAGACUCAGAUAUUGAGGAUGACGAGGAUGAAAAUGAUGAAUAGGCAUGGUCACAGAUCAAUAGCUUCUAUUUUGGUCUGAGUAAUGUAAUGGGACAUAAAGGAGAUCGACAACCAAAAACGCGAUAGACGACAAAGAGCAAAGUUUUCCUGAAACAGUUUCCUUCCAAUUUUCCUUGACUUUCACCUAUGUGAGUGCCCAUUCUACUUUGUUUGGUUGCUUGAUCAAACCCCUGUCAAAAUCCC